AUGAGCCGUGAGGACAGGGUCAUGGAGUUCACACAGCCCCAGUACCACACGCCCGCCGUCCCCCGGUCGGUCAAGUUCGAAUUGGUCACCGACUCUACCCAGUACCGGGCGCGAUUACCCAUGAGGGUACAGAUCUACCCCCACGAUACAACUGAGUCCAUCAUCACCACCGUCAAGAACUUCUAUGGUCUGUACCCGAGCGCCACAAGCUGUCCCGGCGUCAGCUUCGAGGAUGAGCAUGGGAACACCAUCAUCGGAAGGUAUGAGAACUUCCGCCACAACUCGGUUGUGCCCGCAGCAACAGUCACAGCAUCUGUCACGGCCCGGUUCCAGGUCCUCCAGGCGGCGCAGCGUCUCACCGACCAACGUCCACGAGCGACGAAGCGCUUCUACCAGUACGAAUGUGAAAGCAUGAAUGGCUACAGCAGCGGCGAUAAUGCCCCGGGCUCCUCCUCGGGCAAGUCCAAGGAGCAGAUCGGCAGCACCGAGAUCAGCCUCGACAACAUUGUCGAAGGCGGCCGUCGCAAGCGAGCCAAGUUUGAGAGCUCUGAGCUGCCCCUUUUCGCACCUCCUCAGAUGCCUGCUGCCCUAUCCAACCCUUCAGUCUCUCCAGCUCGCCGCAUUGAGCACAACCGUGCGACCCUUCCGUUCGUACAACCUGGUCAGAAUCCCUUUACCAACCCUCGGCUGCUGCAGUCGCCGCAAAGUUAUACACCCGGCUACAAUGGUGUUGGCAUGUAUGCCACUCCUGUCACCGAUACUCGCCGUGCGAGGAGCACAAUUGGCUACUCUAAUGCCUUGGGCAUCGGCCCGAACAUGGGCAUCUUGCCGACGCCAGACCCCACCGUCGGCAGCUGCAUGUCGGAAGAGGACAAGGACGUGGCCAUCCAAUUGAUGCGUCUCGGCGAUAUCUCCAACAUUUCCCAUGGUCGUACUUCUGCCUCUACACUUGACGAUACCUUUAGCCGCAAUGCGGACGCAGCUUCCUCGACUGGCGCCACUAGCGAUGGUGACAGCGAGAGCGACGGCGAGAAGCAGCCCGUGCGGAAGCAAAAGCUCGACGCGGUUGGCACCAGCAAGAAGAUAUAUCCCACCACCGAAACCCAUUUCAGCCCUGCCAACGCCGAGUUCGAGCCGAGCGAAGACGAGGAUGUCUAUUCCGACGGCGGAGAGGGCACAAUGAGUGCCCCCAAGCUGAAGGCGCCAAAGUUGCCCAACGGCCAGAAGCCUCGAUCUCAGUCCACCAAUGUGAAGCCAAAGACCGCGAAGGCAAGCAAGCCCACCAAGCCUGCUUCCGGCGCCAAGGCCAAGAAAUCUGGCAGCAUCAUCCCCAACGGCCCGAUGUCUCCCACCUCUCUACCGGCAUCCCGCAAGCCGUCCAUUGUGUCCAACGCAGGUGCUGCCAGCAGCGUGCAGGGUGACGAGGACCACCCCGAUCUCUCUACGAAGCCGCGAUGCCAGCGCUGCCGGAAGAGCAAGAAGGGGUGCGACAGACAGCGCCCUUGCGGCAGAUGCCGCGAUGCUGGGAUUCCCGCCGAGUUGUGCAUCAGCGAAGACGAGGGCAACGGCCGGAAGGGUCGCUACGGUCGACACAUGGGCGUGCCCGUCGUCGGCGGCAAGGAGGAGAUGCCGGCGCCCGCCAAUCCCUUGCUGCCUGCCGCGCCGAUUGCCACGGCCAUGGUUGCAAUGACUGCCGCUAGCUCUGCGGACAAGAAUAAGAAGCGGAAGAGGUAG